AUGACAAAUCGUAUCAAUGCACAGCACCUAGAAAAAAAUUAUCUAGAGACCGGGAUGGUGUUUUCCGACGAGUGGAUAGGACUGACAUGUUCCUGUGUAUUCGAAAAACCCGAACAAUGUGACUCUACCCUGGAAUUAGCGCAAGUACCUAAGACUGACCCUGAUAAUAAGUCUGAUGAAGCUCAGAACAGACGACGAGCCGAAAAUCAUGAAAUUGGGACGCUCAAUGAAAGGCUCGCAGACGUCAUUUCCAAUGUCCACUUUCUUCAAGCACACAGUCGCAAGCUGGAAAUGAUCAUUUCGCAAUGGUCGAGCUCGAGUUGGAGGUUUGAUGAGGACGACUUUACGUUCUACCCUAAAUCAGGUUUCAAAGCAGAGGCUGAACAAGUGCAGGGAUUAAUGCUUAAACUGAGCGCUGCUGAAUCCAGAUUCGAGGCUGUUCAUCGUGAAUAUGAACAAGGUCAGCAAAAUUUAGAUGAUCUCGUCAGAAAACUGUGUGAAAGUCGUAUGAAGGCGUGCAUAGCGAAAAAUCUCGGAAGAAAUCUCGAAAUAGAGUGCAGUCGGCUCAGAUCGGAAAAUCAGGAAAUUCUUGAAGAUCUUGCCGCUCAACGUUCGAUCACAGAUCGAGAAGUUGUUGACCGAGCAGCGUUCGAGCGACGGGCCGCAGUUCUUCUGGUGGACUGUACAAAAAUCCUCGAAUCAUGCAGAACUGGAGUAAUCAGUACCUAUUCGUUCCACGAUAUAGAAGACGAUCGUAGGGUUUUCCGUGCUGAAAUCGCUUCUGCGAUGACUGAUAUUCGAAGGCAAUACGAGGGCUUGGCUAGUACGGUAACUUAUGAGAUGAGGCAAUGGUACGAUGAAAGGGUCUCGCACUACGCCAUUGGUACUUCCUCUGAACUCACUGUGCAGAAGGAAAAGCUGGCGUCACUACGAGCAGAGCUCAAAGAUCUGCGAACACGUCUGCAUGAUUUGGACAACCGGAACCGCCUUCUGGAGAGCCUCAUCGCUGACAUUGAAGAAGCCAAGGUUGCCGAAAGAAUGGCUGAAGAAUCCUUCCUCAGAGAAGACCAGCUUAACCUCAAAGCUUUGAUGGAAAAAUAUGACACCGUAACCAGCACUGCUCCCUUGGAGCAACGGUACACCAUCCUGACACUUCGAAAUGAAAUUCUACGGUAUCGUGAGCUUCUCGACAGUCUUAGCACGGGAACCAUCAGGGAUGGACCUGGAGCUCUCGCCAUACAUCAUUCUAGAACGUCAUCACGCGACAUCGCCAGAGAUGUGAGCGUUCAUCGAGUACACCAUACUCCAACGUACGAGACGAGCCACUCGCGCGAAGCUAGUUACGCACAAACUGGGAACUCUGCAUCAACACACGUACAAAACAGUAAUCACUCGUUGAAAGAAUAUCGCAUCGGUGGAGGUGCGACAGCACAGUCACAACAGAUAGGAAGCGGUAUCUCCACCGCCCAUUCACAGACUGGAAGCGGUGCUGGACAGUAUUCUAUACAAAUCGGUCACGGUGUGGUAUCGCAAGACUUUGGAUCUGGUGUUGUGCAUCACGAACGUUACGGAUCACUAGCUGACUCAGCGCCGGUGGUCAUCUCCAAGUUGGACCACAUGAUCAAGGAGGUCAGCGAUGACCUGAACACGUCCAGAAUCAACACUUUGGAGCAUGAUUACCACCGUUCAACUCAAGGAAAUGUCGCAAUUGCGGAGGUGGCUGAAGAUGGAUCGUAUAUUGUUCUGGAGAACACAUCGCUAGACGUUGAUUAUGAUCUGGGCGAAUGGACACUUCGUAGCACCAGCUCUACACUCAAGCAUGUAACCUUCACAUUCCCUCGGGACUUCAUUCUCACUCCACAAAACACCGUGAAGGUCAGUGAUACUCUUGAUCUUUUCAAAUCCUUGACAACACCGUACCGGAUUCCCUAA